AUCAAAUUAAAAUAUAGGACAAAACACACAUCACUACAUAAAGAAAGACCCAAGACAACAACAUAGCAUGGUAGCAACACAAAACAUGGUACAAACAUUAUUGGGCACAGACAAUAGCACAAAGGGCAAGAAGGUAGAGACAACAAGACGUCACGUGAAACAGCCACAACUGUCAGUAAGAGUGUCCAUGAUUGGGUCUUUGAAUGAAGAGUAUUGUGUGUAGGCCAGUGACAAAAAAAACUAUAUUUAAUCCAUUUUAAAUUCAGGCUGUAACAAAAUGUGGAAAAAGGGGUGUGAAUAGUUUCUGAAGGCACUGUAUGUAAUUGCAUACUGCAGUACCUUCUCCUGUCCUAGACCAUGUCCUGUACCAAAACCAUGCUGGGAAAUAGUAGAGAAGCAACAUUAGAUAGGAAAAAAGGCCAUGUUUAUUUAGUUCGCUCUCCUUUAUUUAACCAGGGGCCUGUUGCACAAAAGUAGAAUUAAGACAUCCGGGAUAAAUGACUCAGCUGAGCUCAAUGAAGCCAAAACAUGUGCGUCCAGGCUUAAUUGGUUGCACAAAGACCAAGCCAGGAUGAGCAGACACGGAUUCAUUAAGCCAGGUGAAACCAAUCCUGGAUAGGUGCGCGCUCACGGCUCACUCAAAUAGACCCCGCCACAGAUCACAGAUUAACUGAUUUACCAUGGCAACUAGAGCCGCGUACUUUUCCCCGUCGGAAGCACAAAUCCUCAUGGAGGCAUACGAGGAGGUAAAAUAUAUAAUUAAGAAGAAAGGCAACACCGCCACAGUGAUAAAGCAAAGAGAAAAAGCGUGGCAAAGUAUUGCAGACCGCCUGAAUGCAUUAAACAUGAACGGGCCAAAACGGACAUGGCAGCAGGUCAAAAUCAAAUACAAGAACAUUCUGCAGAAUGCAGUGAAAAAGAAUACCCACAGACAAGGCACGGGUGGUGGGUCACCAAAGGCUGACCUUACCCCAGCAGAGGACAUGGCCUUGGAGCUAAAUAAAGGCAGGCCCGUCUUAGAGGGGAUCCCUGGGGGGAAAGAGACGAGCAUAGGUUCCUCCCAAGAUGCCACCCGCUUCAUUCAAGUGCCUGGCAGCACUGUGUUCCUGUUAGAGCCACCAGCACAAGCACCAGACGAUGCUGAUCCAGGUGAAGGCCCCAGUGCAGCAGCAACAGCACAUGAUGGAGACGAUGAUGAGGAGGAGACCAUCUCUCUGGAUUCCAGAAGGCAUGAGGACCCAGAUGCUAUACAGUGGGAAAACCAGCCUGGCAACAUAAGCUCACAAGCUAUCAGAAAGUUGUAUGGCAACCACCUCCGGCGCCAAAUAGAACUGGCAGACAUAGACAUUCAGUACAAGAAGAAAAAGAUGGAAAAUCUUGCACUGGAGUCCGAAAUAAAAAAGAGGACAAUUAGGAAACUGGACCUUGAAAUAAAAAAAACUUGAGAGGGAGCUCCAAGAAGAUGACACAGCUCAAAAUAAAAAUUAGGUAUAUUCUCGUAAAGUCAAGUGAGCCAUGACAUAUGAGCUCUUAUUGUGAGCACACAGGACGGUGGCAUCUUUCUAAGUUUUUUUUUUAUUUUCCCAGCAAUCAGUACAACCAAGUCAUCGUUAUAAGGCAUCGCCCUCUUUGCCCACCCCCCAGCACCAGGUGUGGCCACUAGCCUAUAUGAAGGCCCAAAAUUGUGUGUUCCUUUCUGCUCUGACAAUGGCAUGCCCAUUCGUGCGAGAUGUGGUGGAUGAAGAAGCACUUGUGCUGAGGAGAGCCUUCAGGCGAGAAAGGGUCUUCAGGGACCGGUUGGACCCACUGGCCUUCCCUGAUGACCAUCUAUAUGAAAGAUACAGGUUUUCUGCAGAUGGCAUCAGGUAUCUAUGCAGACUACUGGGUCCCAGGAUUAAGCACCGCACUGCACGGAGCCAUGCACUGAGUGUGGAGCAAAUGGUUUGUGUGGCCUUGCGCUUUUUUGCUAGUGGAGCCUUCCUGUACUCAGUGGGGGAUGCAGAACAGCUGAACAAGGCCACAAUUUGCCGCACAAUAAGGAGUGUGUGUCUGGCUAUCAAAGCAUUAGCAGAUGUCUUCAUCUCCUUCCCUGGCCACAGAAGACUCUGUGACAUCAAAGAGGAGUUCUAUAGGAUUGCAGAUGGUCUGCAAUGCUGACUGUGUGAUCAGCAAUGUUGUGGCAAAAUGGCCUGGCUCAGUCCAUGACUCCAGAAUCUUUCGGGCCUCUGAAAUCUAUCACAAGGUGAAUUCUCUGGUGUGUUGCUGGGAGACAGGGGGUAUGGCUGCCAGCCUUUUCUCCUGACACCUUUCACAGACCCCAGGAAGCACAGCAGGCCUACAACCAUGCCCAUGCCAGGACCAGGGCCAGAGUUGAAAUGACCUUUGGCCUCCUGAAGGCACGCUUUCACUGCCUUCACAAAUUAAGGGUCAGCCCUGUUAGGGCAUGUGAUAUUACUGUGGCUUGUGCUGUCCUCCACAAUGUGGCCUGCCUGAGGAAGGAGAGGGCCCCCAGAGUGCCACCAGCCAUGGACUGGGACAAUCCGGCAAUCUUCCCUGAUGACGACAGUGGUCGGCUGCUGAGGGACCAAUAUGUGUUGAAUUAUUUUAGUUAGUAUGUGUGCUUUCAAUUUUGGUUAAAUAUGUCCUGCGGUGGCAGAGGAAUUCGGGUUUUUUUGGGUUCGUUUUUUGACGAAUUUGGCCUCUUAUGAUGUUUGUGCGGUAUACUGUGUAAUACAAGGCUGCAGGGAGGCUACUGCAUCCAUUCAUUUGUCUGUUCAGUUGAUGUGUAUGGAUUUGUCCUGCAUUUAUUUUAGUGUGCAGACAUGCAGGGUGUGUUAUACAGACCUUUGAAUGUGUAUGUAUCAUUUUGUAUAAUAUGCUUGGAUUCUGUGCUUUCCAUCUUGUAGAGUCACUGUGACUUCAGUUUUGAAAGGAGCUGAUGGUUUACCUGCUUUGUUUUGUCCUUAUUCAAUAAAGGAACAUAAUGUUACACAUUGUGUUUUUAUAUUCA